UCACAUAUAGGAGCAGUACCCAAAAUCAUGAAAGGGAGGAUCAACGGGAAUUACAGCGCCGGAGGAGCCGAAACACUGCGCGGGAACAAUAUCUUCGAAACAUUAAGGACGGACCAACAAAAAUAUGUACAUGCUGUGGAGGAACAUGGUUUUCAUCCCAGGUAAGUGGUUUGAAUCAAUUUCUUAUAUCUUCUAAGUUCCCCAAUAUGAACGUAGGCAACUCAUUUUAUUUAAGUAGGAAAUUUCCGAGUCCGUCCGGUAUAUAUCUAUUCUGCAGUACAUGCCGUCAAGCUGUUUCCAAAGGCAGACUACCAUCUCUUUGUCUUUCCAAUGGCUUAGACUUUCCAGAAAUUCCGGAGUGCCUUAAAAACUUAACGUGUCUGGAAGAGCGCCUUAUUUCUCCUCGAAUUCCGUUUAUGCGCAUUAUCUCCUUAGGAUAUGAAAGGCAAUGCGGAAUAAGAGGAGCGGUGGUAAAUGUUCCUAUUUCUGUCCCAGACACUGUAAGUGCGCUUCCCCGAUCGUUUAAUUCCACACAUGUAAUCCAAGUUCACCUUAAAAGGAAACUGGAAUACUCCCAUAAUUUUAUGACAGAAACUAUUCGACCAGCUCGGGUCCUUGAAGCUGUACGGUAUUUAGUUAACACUGAACUGUACAGAAAACACAAUAUCAUAUUUGAUAAUGACUGGCUUAACCAAGUUGGCGAUAGGGAAGAAUUACCUUUUAUCGCAGAUGAAUCUGAUCGAGAAGAAGUUGAACAACUAUUGCGACAACAGCUUUAUUCUCAACAAAUCGAUCAACAAGAAGAAGAGCUAAAUCCAGGCGGUCAUGAAACUUUAUUAGAAAAUAACAAUACUGAGCUCGAACGUAUUGCUUUGGCCCCUGGGGAAGGCCGCCGUCCAACAAACCUAACCCUAGAUGAAGAUGCGGAAGAACUUUCGUUCCCAACUAUAUCUUGCGGUGAAAUAUUUAAGGCCAAUGUGACCUAUGCAAAGAAAGCUAGAUCACAGAUUCGUUUCUACGACCGUCGUUGUGCAGUGGUACCUAAAGUCCUUUAUAUGUACAAGUUUUAUGAGAUGCAGCGAAUUCAAAACACAAUUUCCAUCGCCCUACGAAAAAAGUCAGGUGCGGUAACUGCUGCAAAUAUAAGGGAUGAAUCAUUUGUUGACAGACUUGUACAGCAUGACGACGGGUAUCAUAUUCUUAAAGGUCUACGUUCCGCCCCAGCUCAUUGGGAGGCUGAAAAAAAAAAAGUUAUUGCCAUGAUAAGACAAUUUGGGUUGCCUACAUUUUUCAUAACUCUUUCCGCUGCUGAAUCUAGAUGGAAUGAGCUGUUAGUUAUUAUUUCUCUUUUGGUGGAUGGCAAAAAUAUAAAUGAGGACGAAGCGGCAGCUCUUUCGAGUACCGAAAAAGCUCGCUUAAUCCGAUCUGACCCAGUAACAUGCUCCCGUUACUUUGACUACAGGCUCCGACAAUUGCUGAAAGUUUUCAAAAGUUCUGAGAUAUUUGGCGAAUAUACCCUAGUCCACUAUUAUUGGAGGAUCGAGUUUCAGCACAGGGGAUCGCCACACUCUCAUGGCAUGUACUGGCUUUCUGAAGCUCCAAGGCUGGACGGAGCAGAGAAUUGCGAUCAAGUUAUACGUUUUGUUGAUCGGUUUAUUACUACUAGCGGAGAAGAUCCUGAAUUGCAAGAAUUUAUUCAAUACCAGCGCCAUAAGCACAGCUCUUCAUGUUUAAGAGAGCUGCGUGGCCAGGAAUUCUGCCGCUUCAAUAUGCCAUACCCUCCAAUGCCUGAAACAUUGGUGUUAUAUCCAUUAGAAGAAAACGAAACCAAUGUUGAACAUUCUAAAGAAUUGUUUAAAAAAAUUAAAGAGCUUUUAAAGUCUAGUUCCGAUGAAGAAGCAGGCACUUUUAAUAAUUUUAACCUUUUCCUGACCCACCUUGAUACUACAUUUGAAGAAUAUAAGUUUGCCAUUCGCUCCAGCCUAAAAAAACCUCAGAUAUUUCUUCGUCGCAAAUUUUCCGACAGAAAACAGCCCGAGUUUUUCAGUGCGGAAAUUCAGGACAUUCUUCGAUUGAUCGUAAGCAAUUCCCAGUUGUUCCUGCUGAGGCUAUUACCAUCCACAAAAGCCAAGGAGCAACCUACAGCAAAGUCGCAGUGCAUCUUAAAAGAGGCAUUAAGCGAGCUUCGCUUUACGUAG